AGUAAUGGUCUGAGUGAAUUGAAGAUUCUUGUUUGCUUCUCACUCUCUCUUUUUGUAAUGGGAAUAGCUAAAAAAAUUUCUUCAAACUCAGUACUACUACUCACUAGUUAGUUAUUGACGCUUAAUAAAGUAUAAUUCUCAUCAAUGGAGUACGCCGGCACCGGCAGUGGUGGUGGCGGCACCAGUAGCGGCGGCGAUCCCCACGACGCCUCCGAUCCUCACCGGAGGAAAAAGCGUUAUCAUCGUCACACUGCUAAUCAAAUUCAAAGACUUGAAGCUAUUUUUAAGGAAUGUCCGCAUCCAGAUGAAAAGAUGAGAUUGCAGUUAAGUAGAGAUUUGGGUUUGGCUCCUCGACAGAUUAAGUUUUGGUUCCAAAAUAGAAGGACUCAAAUGAAGGCACAACACGAGAGAGCAGAUAAUUGUGCACUUCGAGCAGAGAAUGAUAAAAUUCGAUGUGAAAAUAUAGCAAUUAGAGAAGCUUUGAAGAAUGUGAUUUGCCCAUCAUGUGGAGGUCCUCCUGUUACUGAAGAUUCAUAUUUUGAUGAGCAAAAAUUGAGAAUUGAAAACAUGCAAUUAAAAGAAGAGCUUGAUAAAGUAUCUAGUAUUGCUGCUAAGUAUAUAGGGAGGCCAAUUUCACAACUCCCACCAGUGCAACCUAUUCAUCUAUCUUCACUAGACUUGUCCAUGUCUAGUUUUAUUGGCCAUGGCCCUAAUUCCCUUGAUCUUGAUCUCGAUCUUCUUCCUGGAAGUUCGUCGAAUAUGCCCAGUUUGGCAUAUGCUACGUUGAAUUUAUCGGACAUGGAUAAGUCACUUAUGGCUGAUAUUGCUGGUAAUGCAAUGGAGGAACUUAUUAAAUUGGUGCAAACUAAUGAACCUUUGUGGAUGAAGUCCACAAUUGAUGGAAGAGAUGUACUUAAUUUCGACAACUAUGAUCGUGUUUUCCCGAGGGCUAAUAGUCAUUUGAAAAAUCCUAAUGUUCGGAUUGAGGCUUCCAGGGACUCAGGUGUUGUUAUUAUGAAUGGUUUAGCAUUGGUCAACGUGUUUAUGGAUGCGAACAAAUGGCAUGAAUUCUUUCCUACAAUUGUUUCAAAGGCUAGAACGCUCGAAGUAAUAUCAUCUGGUGCAAUGGGCAGCAGAACUAGUACACUACAAUUGAUGUAUGAAGAAUUGCAAGUGCUUUCACCAUUGGUCCCGACGCGACAAUUGUAUUUUCUACGGUUUUGCCAGCAGAUUGAGCAAGGCUCGUGGGCAAUUGUUGAUGUCUCUUAUGACAUAACACAAGAAAAUCAGUAUUCUUCCACUUCUUGCAAAGUUCAUAGGCUUCCAUCUGGAUGCUUGAUACAAGAUAUGCCCAAUGGUUAUUCCAAGGUUACUUGGGUGGAACAUGUAGAAGUGGAAGAGAAAGGUUUAAUUCAUAGGCUAUAUAGAGAUCUUAUACACAGUGGAUUGGCAUUUGGAGCAGAGCGAUGGGUUGGCACUCUUCAAAGAGUUUGUGAAAGAUAUGCUUGUCUCAUGGUUAAUAGCAACCCGUCUCACGACCUUGGUGAAGCAUUAAUUCCAUCGCCCGAUGGGAAGAGGAGCAUGAUGAAAUUGGCACAAAGGAUGGUGAGUAAUUUCUGUGCUAGCGUAAAUCCAUCUAAUGGACACCAAUGGAACACAAUUUCUGGUUUGAAUGAGUUUGAAGUCAGAGCAACUCUCCAAAAGAGCACUGAUCCUGGCCAGCCCAAUGGCGUAGUCAUUAGUGCAGCUACCACAAUUUGGCUGCCAAUUCCUCCACAACAUGUCUUCAAUUUCUUCAGAGACGAACGCACUCGACCCCAGUGGGAUGUCCUUUCCAACCAAAAUCCAGUGCAAGAGGUAGCUCAUAUCGUAAAUGGCUCUCAUUCAGGGAACUGCAUUUCUGUGCUACGGGCCUAUAACACUAGCCAGAACAACAUGCUGAUACUCCAAGAAAGCUGCAUAGACUCAUCAGGGGCAUUAGUAGUGUAUAGCCCAGUAGAUAUACCAGCCAUCAACAUAGCGAUGAGCGGUGAGGACCCCACAUAUAUCCCGUUGCUACCCUCGGGGUUCACAAUAUCGCCAGACGGACGACAACAAGAGACGGAGGCAGCAUCAUGCAGCAGCAGCUCAAAUGUAAGUACUAUAGGAGGAGGCAGGUCAGGGGGUUCACUUAUAACAGUAGUAUUUCAAAUUUUAGUAAGCAGUUUGCCAUCAGCAAAAAUGAACCCAGAAUCAGUAAACACUGUGAAUAAUCUCAUAGGGAGCACUGUUCACCAAAUUAAAUCUGCCUUGAAUUGCUCCACUUCCUGAUCCUAUUUUUUUGAAAUCAUCAGUUCAGCAUUUAAAUUACCUCUCUGCUUCUGUUUAGAAGUAGUUGGGAAAUUUCAAUGCUUCUUUCAUUACCUCUGUCACAGCUUUAUGACAUUUCACAACUCAUAAUCUUUCUAUUUUUUUUUUU